AGUCCAGCCAACUCGACUUGCCAGUGGUUGUGGGUUCGAUUCUUUCCCGGACCCUGUGUUUUAAUUGUUGGAAACUUGUAAAAAAGUUUAAAAACUAGGUUGUUGUAAGGUGGCCGAAUUACCAAUGAAGAAUUGGCCAAAUUAAACAAAAACCUGGCCGAAUGACCCCGGCAUAUAGGCUAUUGUCAGUAAAAAAAAAUUGUAUAUAAAUUUAAAAAGCUUCUAUUUGCGAAAUGUUCAAACACCUUGUUUUCAGAAACGUAAACCCAAUUUUUAAAAGAUUGUACAGGGUAAAUGAAAGUAUAGCACAUUUUUUGAAAAACGGUAAAGUGGGACAAGAUAUAACCGUAAAAGGCUGGAUAAAAUCAUUAAGAAAACAAAAGGAAUUAAUUUUUAUCGAUCUUAACGAUGGUUCAACACCGCAAAGGCUUCAAAUUUUGCUGCCUUCCAAAAUGAGUCCACAGAAGUUAACAGUCGGCUCAUCAAUUGAAGCAACUGGAACCAUCACUUUGUCACCAAAGGGUAAUCUAGAGGUGUCGGCUGAUAACGUGCAUCUUUACUGUGAUUGUGAUGUGAAUGCCGGCUAUCCAUUUGCGCCAAGAAAACACUACUCUCCUGAAUAUGUUCGGGAAUACUUACACUUGAGGCCACGAACUAGGACUUUUAUGUCUGUAUUAAGAGUUAGAGACAGGGCAGUAAUUGAAAUUAAUAAUUAUUUAAACAACCAGGGAUAUAUAAAUAUUCACACUCCGAUUUUAACUUCAAAUGAUUGCGAAGGGGCAGGAGAAACAUUUAACGUGGUGCCAGAGAGAAUCGACUUGGUUAAGUCUAUGGCAAAAGAAAAUGUUUCACACGACGAGAUAUAUUUUGAUAAUAAGGUGUAUUUAAGUGUGUCAGGUCAAUUACACUUAGAAGUGGCGGCACAUGCUUUGAGCAAAGUGUUCACCUUGGGACCCACAUUUAGAGCCGAAAACUCGAAAUCUAGGUUUCAUUUGUCAGAAUUUUAUAUGCUGGAAGCUGAAAUUGCAUUUUUGACAAAGUUGGAAGAUUUGAUGGGUAUUAUAGAAGACUUAAUAAAAAGUGUGACACAAAUUUUAAUUGACAAAUGCGCAGGUGAUAUCGAAAUGUGCAGAGGUGACAAAAGGGAUUUUACUUGGUUAAAUAAGAACUUUGAAGUUGUGACAUACAAGGAAGCAAUGAAUAUUUUUAAAAACAAAAUGCACAAGGAAAUGCCCAUAUCUGGAAAAAUACCUAAAGAAUAUGAAUUGGAACUUGUUGAAUAUUUUGACAAUAUUCCGGUUUUUAUAAUUGAUUGGCCCAAGCAAAUGAAACCUUUUUACAUGAAAGAGUGUGAGGAUGGUGAAAACGUUGCUGCUCUAGAUUUGCUUGCGCCGGGAGUGGGCGAGGUUGUGGGUGGAAGUUUGCGCGAAGACAGUUAUGAAAAAUUGUAUUCCCGAAUUUCCCAAGAUGAAAAUAACUUGAAAUGGUACCUCGAUUUACGAAAAUUCGGUGGGGUUGCCACCGCCGGUUUUGGAUUAGGCUUUGACAGAUAUAUUCAAUCCAUUUUAGGCAUCAGUAGUAUAAAGGACGUUAUACCUUUUCCUCGGUGGCCCCAUAAUUGCCAGUUAUAAUCUAU